CUGCUUGCGGCGCGGUGUGCCCCGCAGGCAGGGCCGGGACCCAGACACGCGGGGGGCGCGGGGCGCGGUAAUUAGCGCGAGCCCUUUGUUUGCCUUUGAUCGCCAGCCGCUCCCGCCCGCAGCGCGGCGUCCGGGGCCCGGACCCCGACCGCGGCCGCGAGAUGUCGCCGAGCCCCGCGCUGGUGCUGCUGCUGCCGCCGCUGCUGCUGGGGGCGCUCCCGCCGGCCGCCACCGCGCGAGGCCCCCCAAGAAUGGCAGACAAAGUGGCCCCACGGCAGGUGGCUCGGCUAGGCCGCACUGUGCGGCUACAGUGCCCCGUGGAGGGAGACCCGCCGCCCCUGACCAUGUGGACCAAGGACGGCCGCACCAUCCAUGGAGGCUGGAGCCGCUUCCGUGUGCUGCCACAGGGGCUGAAGGUGAAGGCGGUGGAGGCAGAGGACGCGGGCGUGUACGUGUGCAAGGCCACCAAUGGCUUUGGCAGCCUCAGUGUCAACUACACUCUUAUCGUGAUGGAUGAUGUUAGCCCUGGGAAGCUGAUCCCAGGGCCUGGCAGCUCCUCGGGGGACAAGGAGGACCCAGCUGACCAGCAGUGGGCACGACCCCGCUUCACACAGCCGUCCAAGAUGCGGCGCCGGGUGAUCGCACGGCCUGUGGGCAGUUCUGUGCGGCUCAAGUGUGUGGCCAGUGGGCACCCUCGGCCUGACAUCACAUGGAUGAAGGAUGACCAAGCUCUGACACGCCCAGAGGCUGGAGAGCACAGAAAGAAGUGGACCCUGAGCUUGAAGAACCUUCGGCCUGAGGACAGCGGCAAAUACACAUGCCGGGUGUCAAACCGGGCAGGCGCCAUCAACGCCACCUACAAAGUGGACGUGAUCCAGCGGACACGCUCCAAGCCCGUGCUCACUGGCACACAUCCCGUGAACACGACGGUGGACUUUGGGGGCACGACAUCCUUCCAGUGCAAAGUGCGCAGCGAUGUAAAGCCUGUGAUCCAGUGGCUGAAGCGGGUAGAGUACGGUGCUGAGGGCCGCCACAACUCCACCAUCGAUGUGGGUGGCCAGAAGUUUGUGGUGCUACCCACGGGCGAUGUGUGGUCGCGGCCGGACGGCUCCUACCUCAACAAACUGCUCAUCUCGCGCGCUCGGCAGGACGAUGCGGGCAUGUACAUCUGCCUGGGUGCUAACACCAUGGGCUACAGCUUCCGCAGCGCCUUCCUCACUGUGCUGCCAGACCCCAAGCCACCAGGAGCCCCCGUGGCUCCCUCAUCUUCCACCAGCAGCCUGCCGUGGCCUGUGGUCAUCGGCAUCCCAGCGGGCGCCGUCUUCAUCCUGGGUACUGUACUGCUGUGGCUCUGCCAGGCCAAGAAGAAGCCCUGUGCCCCUGUGUCCACCCCACCUGUGCCUAGCCACCGCCUGCCAGCCCCAUCCAGAGACCGCAUUGGUGACAAGGACCUGCCUGUACUGGCUGUGGGGCCGUGUGAGGAACACACACUGGGCGUGAGCUCAGCAGCUGGCCCCAAGCUGUAUCCCAAGCUGUACACAGAUGUGCAUACGCACACACACUCACACACACACUCCCGUGGAGGGCAAGGUGCACCAGCACCAGCAUGUCCACUACCAGUGCUAGACGUCGUGGGCGUGGGGAGAGGCCAGGAAGCCAGCACCCUAUGCGAGAUGCGUGCUCACCGGCUGGGUGGUAAACAGACAAACUGCCAGAUGGACGCACAGACCACUAGACAUUGACACACAGACAUGUUGCGUGUGUGCGCACGUACACACACACACACACACACAGACUGAGAUGUCCUUGGAAGGCAUGGGCCUUCGACUUUGCAGUGAUGUAGCCAUGCUAGUAGAUGAAGGACCCUACCCACCUGCUACCUGUGUCCUGCCCAGCCUCUGCCCACUGGGGUGUCCAGGGCCCCCAGCCCCUGGCUGGAGUAAGGACCUCUUACCAUUCUUAAGGAGGCGGGGAGGUGCAGACCUGUCUCCUGCUUCCCACUGCCUCAGAGCAGGGCCUUGAUAUUUAUAUUUAAGAAUGGAGGUAAUAUUAAUGAUGAAGCAGGGCUGGGGCUUUAGGGCUGGCUUGUCUGGGGCCUUGGACACCUGGCCACACAGCUGUGGUGGUAUUCACGCCCCUUGCAAACCAGCCACUCACUGCCCCUGCUCUCGCGGCCCUUGUCUCUGAUUUUAUAUAGUUUGAGCUGAAGCCUCGUAUAUUUAAUUUAUUUUGUUAAACAAGAAAGUGUGCAUCCUU